AUGUCAACAGUCAAGGUGUGUGCAGUGUUUGGGUUUUGUUUUGUGAUAUUAGUUUAUAGACACGAUGAUGAAUAUGAUUUUGACACAACAACAACUACUGAAACACCUAUGAAAGAAGAAGUAAAAGUGAGCGAGUAUAUAUUAAAAGUUCUCGAACAUUAUAAGCAACCCAACCCUGAAGGAUGGCCAGGAGCUAAGUUACCAGAUCCACUUGUUGUACCAGACUCAAGCCAAUUUUUGGCUUUCGGAACUAAUCUUGACUUCAUAAACACAACACUUCACGGUGUCAAUAAGUUUAGAAUCGUAUACAUUGAUGCUAAUAUUGAAAAAAUGGAGUGCCGUGCAGCUUUUGAAAUGGAUAAUCUACAAGUUAAUGGGAAGUACUCGUUGAAUAUGUGGUUCAAUACCUACCCAGGAGGCUUUGCUUCAAAUAUAAGUGGCAUCAGAAGUGAGGUGGUAGCUUCAUUAGGCGUGGAACAAGAUGGACAACUGAGAGCACAAGAUAUAUCUAUAGACAUAACAUUUAAAAACAUUACUAUGCAAUUUGAAAACGCAGGAAUAUUGGCAACAGUGUUACAAGGAAUUUUCAAUUCUAUGGGUGGUAUACUAUAUGACUCUAUAAAGAAUUAUUUAUUAGAAGAUGCUGAAACAAACAUGACAAAUGAUAUCAAUAAUAAACUGGACCAAGUCGUUGGAAAUAUUGAAUUUCCCAAUACAAUAACAAUAAUCGAUAUGGUUUUAGUGGACGUUAGAAAAAAGAUCAAAGACAUAAAAAUUGACCCAUUGAAUAUUGAAGACUAUGCUUCAACUGUUGGAAUAUUUAAAUUAGCUCUUAACAACACAGUUCUGAAGGGCUUAUCUACUUUCCACCGAAUUGGAAAUGUAACGAUUAGAUUAGAAAAUAAAUCGUUGCUGGCUGACUUUGAAAUAGGCACGAAAGAAUUACAAGGUUCAACUUGUUGGGAGUUUUCAGGAAUUAACGGUUUUAUAAACAAUACUGGCAGAGUUUCAUUUUCCGUUGCAUACAUACAAGGAAAAUUUGUACUUUCCCAACCACUGGAUAUAAGGGAAAAGACCGAAUUUAGGGAUUUGCAGCUAGAAAUUGGUAAUAUACAGUUCGGUUCUGAGGGAAUGGGAACUUUGGACUAUAUAUUGGAAGUUUCAGGAAACAUAUUACCGACUUUUCUACGAUAUCAAAUAAUAUCUGCAAUAGAACUUCCUUUAAGAUGGAAAAUACAGCGUGAACUAAACGAAAUAAAUACUGAAGAACUAAUUAUAAACGCAUUGCCCAAAAUAGAUAAAAUUCAAGAGAAUAUAUCGAUCUGCUACUAUCCAUAA